AUGCCAUUCACCUGUCAUAUGCCUUCUGGUGUUGGGAUGGAGAUUGAAAGUAUUCAGUUGAGUUUUCGGCUCAUUAAGCACGAGCAGAAUCGUCAUUGGCCAGAUUCAAAACUUUUUGAAGAGACUCGGCGUGUGGUCAGCGCUCAAUUGCAGCAUAUUACCUAUAACGAAUUCCUUCCCAUUAUGCUUGGGAGAGAAAAUAUCAAGAAAUACGGUCUAUCGCUCCAUGAAGCUGGCUUCGACUCUGACUAUGAUAUGACCAUUGAUGGAGCAGUCUUGAACGAGUUCGCCGUCACUUUUCCUUACGUCCUCUGGUCUCUUUUACCGAAGGAAUCUUUGUUCACUCAAUUCAAUAAUCCGUCUAAGUUAUACGAAAGUCGAGGCGUGGAAUCAAUCAUGAGGCUUCUGCUUUCAACAACGAUAGCCAAACCAGCUCUGAGAGUCAACGACGAAGUUAAGGACGAGUUUUUGAAAGACCAGUUUUUGCUCGGCUUGGAUCUAAUAGCAAUAGCAUUGGAACGAGGCCGAGAUCAUGGCAUUCCGGGCUACACAGCAGUCCGUGCUCAGUGCGGCCUUGGAAAGGUGGGUGUAAUUGACGACGUAACGUUUUCAAGUGCUCUUGAGGCUUGCUGUCACAAUCCCAAAGUGGAAUACAUCAAUACUAUCUACGAAAACGUGGACGACGUCGAUUUGUUGGUGGGUGUGCUGGCAGAGCAACCUCUCAAAGGUUCCCUGUUUGGUCCUACUAUGGCUUGUAUCGCGGGAAAACAGUUCCAACGGACGCGUCGAGGCGAUCGAUUCUGGUACGAAAAUUAUUUUGCGCAAUCAGGCUUUAGUGAGAAGCAACUGAACGAAAUACGGAAGACAACCUUGGCAGAGAUUAUCUGCUCUAACACAGACAUACAGCGGAUUCAAAACAACGUGUUCAUGAAAGAAAAUAUUUUCGAGAAUAUGGCCAUCGAUUGCCGUUCUUCUGUAUUCGCCUCACCGGCAAUGAUUGAAUGGAAAGAUCUUGAAGGGCGACCCACUCUUCCAGUGUCAACCGGAACUUUGGAAAAGGUAGUCAAUCUUGCUAUCCAUAAUCUCAAAGACCAGCAGAAACGAGAGAUAUCCAAUUUGCGGAAAAAUCAGCACACAUUUGUAAAGGGUGAUCCCCUAUUCGCCUAUUCAAACAUGAUGCGUGCUAAAGUGCAAGCUAAGCAGAUCUCGCAGGUGUCGAAUAUUCUCCUCGAAACCACAAAACUACUGGUCAAAGGUGAAGGGUUAUCAGAGGAUGAGAAACUACCACCGUUGGAACUGGAUGUACUGCAGCGAGUACUGCCCGAUGUGGACGUCUCCACGUUCGUGAACAACUUCACCGCAUUUUUGUCCGAUGAUGGGCAAUCAACCACUGACGAGUGCUUGCCAAAAAUGCUUCCAUGUGACCAUACCACAAAGUACCGUACCCACAGCGGCUGGUGUAANAAUCUAAAGUUCCCCGGUUACGCGAAUGCGUUUUCGCCACUGCGACAUCUGCUGCCGCCGGUCUACGAGGACGGUUUCGAUGCGCCACGAAGCCGAGCUAAGAGCGGCAGGCCGUUACCAAAUCCACGUAGAGUCUCAAACGUUGUCUGUGAAGAUCGGGAUAUCUCUCAUGAGAAGUUUACUCAUAUGGUCAUGCAGUUCGGCCAAUUGGUCGACCACGAGCUCACUCAUUCGCCGACGGCACGAGGGCCGAACGAUGAGAUUCUGAAUUGCACAAGAUGUGACUCACCAGAAACGAUAUCAGUGCACUGUAUGCCAAUCAAGGUUGAGUCCGAUGACCCAUUCUUUCCGACCCAUUACCCUAACGGUGAACCGAGAUGUCUGCCAUUCGCGCGAUCGCUGCUUGGACAACUUAAUCUUGGUUAUCGCAACCAAAUCAAUCAGUUGACUUCCUACAUCGACGGUUCGGUCAUCUACGGCUCCACAGAAUGCGAAUCGAAACAUUUGCGGAUGGGAGCACGCGGUCUACUCAAUUUCACCGACUUCGGGCAGGGACAAGUAAUGUUACCGCAAGGGAAUCAGGAAAAGGAUUGCCGUUCAUCUCCACAAAAUCCAUGCUUUGUCGCUGGUGAUGAAAGGUGA